GUAAGUCCUGCGGACGGUAAGGUGAUCUCCUGUGGGAAGGUCGAGGAAGGACAUUUGGAGCAGGUCAAGGGUCUGGCUUACACCCUGCGAGCACUUCUGGGUCCCCAUGGGUGGCUGGAGCGGCGCCAUGAUCUCAGUGUACGACGUGUCACCACCCUGCCUUCGCGGCUGGAUACUCUGUGUCGUGAAGGCGCAGCAGUCGAUGUGGGCGGAUCCACGAAGACACCGUCAUCUCAACAGGGAAGUUCUGAUGAGGCUCUCAAAAGCCUUUACCAUUGCGCCAUCUACCUUGCGCCGGGCGACUACCACUGCUUUCAUUCCCCCGCCGACUGGAACAUUGAUAUGAGACGGCAUUUUCCUGUGGCCUGUGAACCGAGUCACAGCUUUGAUGAACGACUUAACGGUGCCAGGAAGCCAGCUUUGGCAUAG